AUGACUAUCGUCAUCGCCGCCCCGUGGAUCGUGAACCUUUUGCGACACGCUCGCCGGUCCUUGGAUUUAGCCCAGAGAAGAGAGACAAUUUCACAGUCAUUUGUCUGGACAACGCAGUUCAACAGUCUGUCCACUGUCGAGCCGUCAGCGACCCGAUUUCUUGCCUACAUCCCCCAUAGUGGCUUUCACAACCAGCGUAUCGAAUUGGAGAAUGCGAUUGUACUCGCAAAGCUGCUCAACCGGACAUUGGUUCUUCCUCUGGCUCGGCUCGGCUCACAUCCACUGACGUACAAACCAUUUGACGAGCUGUUGGAAAAUUAUGGCCACUCGGACAAAGCUCGGCUAUCUCAUUGCCGUCACGAAGAUACUUCGUUUAAUUCUACCGUCAAAGAGUGUCGAAAGUUUGAGCGGUACACUCAUGUCUCCUGGCAGGACAUCAUUGAUCUGCAGCGAGUGAUGGGCCUUGGUGUUGGUAUUGUAGAACGCUGGGAUUUCACACCUCGUUACCUGCAGGAUACACUCGGUGUUGGGGAUGGGGACACCUUCUGGCUGAAAGAUUCUUCGGCAUACCACUUUCAGUUUCACGAUGCACUAAAAGGAAGAAAAGGUGGAGGGAAAUUCCACACAUACAUCAGCAUACCAGACUUUGCCGUCUCAUCGGAGCGAUAUCGUCUUGUCCACCUGGGCACGCUCUUUGGCACUUCCCGAUUGAGCCUAACCAGCAGAUCCAACGACCAACUAUUGAGAAAAGUCAGGGCUGCCAUGAGGUUGGCAAACGCGCGCCUAGACUCGCUUGCUCAUACGGUCACCGCUCGCAUGGGAGGUACAGACACCUAUCACGCAAUUCAUUUCCGGAGUGGCGAUGGGAUAUUCGCCGAGAGGGCACGCUACACAGCCCAAGUGAUUCUUGCGAAUGUUCUGCGCCACGCCUACGGUGUCGACAUCUUCUCAAGGGACGCCUUCAAGGAACUUGGGCUCAACACGAGUGUUCAAGCGUUUCAGAGGAUUGUAUUGUCUGGCUCCCUUCCCUUGAGGCGCCCAAAAAAGAUUUUUCCUCGCCGUUUGUGCGUGCGCUCAGGACGGACGAGGGAAGGGUGGCAAGUUUCCCUCUCGACUCCUCUCUUCAUCGCGACAGAUGCUUACAACCCGCGGACGCAUGCUUUAUUGGAGGCGUAUAGAAGGAUAUUUCCGUGUAUCGCUUUCCUCUCAGACUUUCCUGACGUCGCUGAGGAGCUAGAGGAGUUGGUCAACCCACUGGACGGGUCACCUAUGGCAAGAUUCUUCCUGCCGUUUCUGGAUGCUACGAUAUUAUCUCGAGCAGCAUCGUUUGUUGGUACACCAGAGAGUACUUUUAGCAAGUACGUCAAGGAGGUACUGUGGCCUCUGGAACAUAAUUUGAUUGUAGAUACGUAG